UAUUAUUAUUACCCCAUUGAGUAACUACCCUAUGUGUCACUCCCAAUUUGAAAGUUUAUUAAAUGAAGUUUUAAGGAAUAAAUGAUAAUUCAAAAUAUAUUUUGAUUGUUCAAAAUGAUAUAAAAUAUAUAUUACUCAAAAAAAGAAUUAGAUUACAACAUGUGGUAACACUAAUUUGUGGGUGCAUAGUAAACUUAAUUUACUUAAUGUUAUACUGGAGAGAUGAAUAUUAUCGGUUUCUGUUAUUACGUAUAAUAUAGCUCAUUUUUCACGUGUUUAUGCAUAAAAUAUUAUAUAGACCUCAAGUUACUUAGUGAGUACUUAGUUUGAUCUGAUUAAAUCUAUAUAUAUAUAAAUUUAUAUAUAUAUAGGAAGAUUACAUCCAAUCAAAAUUUUAUACUUAUGCUAUAAUUGAGCUAAAAAUGAAAAAUGUUAUGUAUAUAUUUUUUUAAUAAACUCUUUUAAACAAAUGGCUAAUGUUAGUAACAAAGAAAAAAUAAUUAAUAAGUCAACAUCUCAUGCUUCAAAAUGUGAAAUUGCUAACUGCAGAAAUAACAUAGAUCUCAAUACUAAAAAGUCUUACUUCAGGUUUCCUAAACAAGAUUACUAUUGUAGCCAAUGGGCUUUUGCUUGUGCACGAACAGAGUUGAUUGAUUUAUUCUUAGAACAGGGAUCUAUGUACUUAUAUAAAACAAAAAAAAUUUGUGAAGAUCACUUUAUAAAAGAGAAUUUUAGAAAUCCUGCUUCAUUAAGUCAAGGGUUGUUUAAAGGUGUUAUACCAACAAAAAAUUUACCAGAACUUAAAACAAUCAUUCACAUAAUACGCGAGAAUAAAUUAACAGAUGAACUAAGUGAGUCCAAAUCUUGUAAUAUAAAAUUAAAAAGAAGUUUCAGAAAUCGGAAAAUUAAUUCUCGUUAUUCUGAUGAUUUUGAUAUGACAAGCUACCAUGGAGAUGAUGUAAUAACAAAGUUAAAUAUACAAAAUAACACACCUCGAAAACGUGGAAGACCCAAAAAAAAUACUUGUUAAAUUUGUAAAGUCAUUAAUUCAUUAAUUCAUAAAAAUUAUAACUUAUAGUAUUAUAAAAAUAUUUUUUUUUACAAAAAAAAUUUUUUAUUAUGUAUAGCUUACAAAUUAUUAAUUGACAUUAAUUAUUUAGAUUUAUAAAUAACUAGUUAAAAGAUUUAUACAAUUAGCAGUUAACAAACUGCUUGUUUUCUAAAAGUGGAACUUCUGAAUGAUUUAGAAGACUAUAAGAUUAUAUAUUUAUAAAUACCAGUUUAAUUGACAUCAGAAAAAUCUAUCAUAAUAAAUACCUUUAAUGCUCUUUUAUAUUUAUUAAAUCUAUUUUCAAAAAAUGAACUAAUUGCUAACUAAAUAAUACAAUAGUCUUUAAGUGGAUUUUGUCAAUGUUGAUAUACUUAGUAAUACGAAUGCUGACUUUCUAGCCAGGAAAGGAGCAGAGAACACCUAUGUUGGACCAGAACCAGUGGUAGGGCUCACUGAGCAAUCGCUCAAAGCGUUACCCAAGAAUUGGUGCAGAGAACAACACAGGAAAAUCUGGAAGUACUUGGUAGUACCUAGACAAUCUAAAAUGUUUAUCAAGACCCCUGGUUUAUUGCUGGGUGAUCUUAAUAGCAUGACUAGACAUCAAAUAAGCACCCUGACUGGUCUACUGACAGGACAUGGUCACCUGCUUAAGCAUCUUAACGCAAUGGGGGUAUCGGAAUCACCAUUGUGCAGGAAGUGUGGAGUAGAAGAAGACUCAUUUCACAUCAUGUGCGAAUGUGAAGCCUUGUCCACACUAAGAUCAAACUACUUGAAUAAACCAUUUCCUGAAAAAGAGGAUAUUAAAAACCUAAAACCCAGAGAGAUACUUAAUUUCGCCAGAAAGACAGGACUCUUUGGUCAUCUUUAGAGGUGACUUUAUGGUUGGUAAUGUAUUAACACUUUGGUGAUAACACUUAGGUGGGUAAACCGAAUCAAGACAAUUCGGUAUGGACCAAUGGACCAACAGGUCUGAGUGCAUGGGCAUUAUGUCCACCUCAAUAAUAACUAAAACUAAAACUACUUAGUAAUAGAAAAACUGAUGCAGUUGAAAACUCAGCUAUCUUAUGCACAUUACUUCAACAAAUAACCUCUGAAGAAAUGUAUGAAAUCAAGAAUAAAAUAAUUAAACUUUGGCGAUCUUACUUGAAUAGAGUAUAUAGUAUUUCAAACAAACAUUAAAAAACAGUAUAAAAAUAAAAUGCAACAUGUACAGUACAAGGAAAAAAUCACUACUAUUACAAGACUUCGAAUAGGAUAUACCCACAAAUUCACUCUUACUCAAUUAGUAAACAUCCCAAUUUAUAAUACAUGUCAAACUUGCAUAUUAAUUGAACACAUCAUAAUCUACUGCCCAAAAUACACAAAUGAACUCAAAAUAUUAAAAAUCACACCAACAUUUAAUGUAGCACUGAAUGAGGACAUAUCAAAGAGAACAUAGUUCUUUUUAAUUAAACUUAUAAUUAAACUAAUAGCAUAAAACAUAACAGUAUGCAACUUUUAAAAGAAACUAAUAAUCGUGGUAAUUGCUAAAUAAAACAAUGGUAGCAGAGUCAAAGUGUCAUACUUGAGACAAGUAUAGAUGAUAUCUGCCAGUGAUUAAAAUCACCAUCAUAUGAAACGCUAAAAUGCAAAUCUGUAGAUAAUGUCUAAUUUAAAAAAUUGGUGGAUUAUACCAAAAGCAAUAUGAACUCUUUCCUUAUUUAUAUCCUGAUUAUAAGUUUUAUGAUAUAUAAGUGUA